AGAUAAUAUUAUUUGAACUUAACGUACGUGCUAUAUGUAGCGCCCGCUGUCUGCUAUGCAGAUGACAUUGAUCUAUACUCACGAUUUGUGUUUCUCUGAGCUAGAACAACUCGUAUAGACGAUCAUACGAUAUUUGAAUCCAAGCCAUAUUGCCGUUUGCUAGUCCAUAUUCAAAAUUUUAUUAUAUAUAUCAUAUAUACGGACAAAACUGGCAACUGACAUCCACUUCCAUCGUGCUGCUUCGGCCCACCCCCGCUUGGCACCAACACGAACGGCCCACCAAACGAAACUGCCGAUCCACCGCGCGCGCGCGCGCGCGCCACACGUCAACCAGGAGUCCAAGGCGCGCUCGUCAUGUUCCGCCCGGCCCUGCCGUGCCGCGCCAACCGUGCCGCGCCCCCCACGACCGCGUCCAACUCCAAGCACAAAGCCCACCACCCCCGUGUCACGUCACGUCGUCGCACACGUAGCCGCGCGAGCCGCGAGCGCGGACCGCCCCUAGCUAGCUAGCUAGCUCACCAUCAUCGACGCCAGCAAAAGCAACCGCGCGCGCACGACGCCGUCACGCCAAGGCGAUCCAAGGCGGCGAGCCGGCGACUAGCUCUGUCGUCGUCGUCGUCGCGAGCGCCAGCUGCAGCGACGACGACGACGACGACCAUGCCGCGCGCGAGCGAGACCGCGGGCACGGGCACGGACCACCUGUGGGCGAAGGCGGCCGAGCUGGAGCGGGACUUCGCCGGGUACAAGCGCCGGCUCGCCGAGAGGAGGGCGCAGGCGCAGCACGCCGUCGCGGAGGCCGCGGGUCGUCGCGCCGGUGGCGGCGGCGAGGAGGACGACCGCGCUGGGGACGCGGCCGGCAGGGGGAGAAGGUACGAGGAGUACGUGAGGAGGAGGGACGAGCGGCUGCGCCAGGAGUGGCGCGCGCGCAUGGAGCGCAAGGAGGCCGAGGUGCAGGCUCUCUGGGCGCGCCUGGACCGCAGCCGGCGUGGCGGCGGCGGCGAUGAUGACCAUGACGGCGGCGAGCUCGCGGCAGCAGCCACCAGGCACGCCAGAGAGGAUCAAGUUAAGCUGCCGGAGAAGCCCGGGAACUUGGUGGUGAAAGUGAAGCCAUCCACCCCCGUCACGCCACGUGGCAACCCGGGUCACCCGCCGUCCACGAAGCUGGCACGGCCCCGGACCAGUGUGCCGUCGUCGCUGGCGGCAGGCAGCCCGGGCCUGAGGCUAUCCACCCCCGACCCCAGGCGGCGUCCGUCGCACCUGCACCGGGUGCAGCCGCAGCCGCAGGCGCAAGCGCAACCACCAGCCACGCCACGGAAGGAGAAUAACAGGCCGCCGCCGCCGUCCGUCGCGUUGGCCGCCGCGGCAUCACAGGCGGCCACGCCUAGGCCGAGGACGACGACGAUGAUGUCACGGAGCAGGAGCAUGUUCAAGGACCGCGGCUGCUCCUCCGUCCCCGUCGGCGGUGAGAGUCCCAGGCCACCGCGGUUCCAGUUCCAGCCCCCUCGGUCGAGCUACGACGGUGCCAGUGCAAGCAGCAACCUCAAAGAACUGACUCCGUCGCCGCGCGCCAACGACGCCAUAGCCCUGGUGCGGAGCAGUUCCUGUUCCAGGGAGCAGACGGUUGUCGCUGAUCGCAGGAAGGCAUCUGCCGUCGCUCCCGAGCCGUUUCUUGUUAAAAGAUCAGGCAACGACAUCGAACCCACGCCAGCGCCUCCGGUGGUUCCGAAGGACCUGCCUUACAGCGGCGAGAUUACUCCGGCCGGUGGUGCAAAGGCUGACAACAAAAGCAACCAACAAGAAUAUGUCGAUCAAUCUUCAGACAAGUUCGGGAGUGAAGAGAUUACCGGAGACUCUGACACCGAGCCGAGCUACGUGUACAUCAAGAAGGACAGUGACGAGCAGAUCCCGAGGCCUCCUCAGGCAUCGGCUGGUGUCGGGACAUGUCCAGGGCCUCAGCCACGAUCUGACACUGACAAUAAGGAGGACAGCGACAAUGUCGAGGACACCAUGGAAUCAACCGGCAGCAAUGAGGUCGCCGGAGAAACUCCAGCAGCUGGCGCAGACGACGAAGAGCUCCGAAGGGAGAGCUCUGAAUCUCUGUACUCAAACGUUCAGUCUUCCUUCUCCACAAGAUCUGAGCUCGACACAUCGGUCACCGGCUCCCCGUUCCCCAGCGCCACUGAGCAAUCGCCGGAAUCCAACACUUCGCCAUGGACAGGGAAGAAGAGCACGGAAGUGGAAGUUGCCGAGAAGCGGCCACCAACCCCGACCACCCCGAGGAGCAGUGUGCAGUCACCGAUGGACGCCGUCAACGGGCUCAAGCGGCUGCUAACCUUCGGCAAGAGAAACGGCAAGGCCAGCGAGGCGGCGGCGCCGGCAGCUGUUGAGCGCGCUCUGCGUUCCGUGACACCUGCUCCUCCGGCGACGGCGGGUGAUGAUGGCAGCGUCAGCGGAGAGUGCCCGGCAGGCGGUUCGGCCAAGCUGACAGUGGACUCCUCAGAAUAUCUGGACAACAGUUAUGUCAUCUCUCCACACGUUGGGUCCUUGCAAAGCAUUGGGUCAUCUUACCCUGCGAGUUCUGAACUGAAGGAACCUGUUCUGCACGCGAAAUCACCAAGAGUGCAUCGAUCGUUCUUCUCGUUUUCAUCGUUCAAGUCUAGAGCAAAUUGAUGCUGAACACUGGCUUAGGCGGUUGCUGUGCAUUUCAGAUUCAAGGGUUUUUGUUGCUGUCUUCGCAUCUAAAACUUCCUGGAUCACGUGAUACGGCAGUUAGUGAUAUUUGAAAUUUAUUCGUUUACAGCUCGGCUGACGACAAAAUAAUUGGUCCUAAACCUGGAUACUGUGCCAUGUUUAAACUUUGAUUCCAUGAUACUUCUACAAGAUACAUAAACAAGGAUUCAAGGAAUGCCAUUUCUAA